AUGAAUGUGUCGCGACUAAAUUGUUUGAUUUUAUUUAACGAUGAACGAGACGAUGACAGCAAACAGUUAAGCGUAGAACGAGCCCUUAUUCGUCAACGGACAGUAUAUCGGUUGUCCGACGAAGGAUUUCGUAAUUUUUGGAUAUCAAAACGUACACAUUUUGAACGCGUAGCAAAUAACUUUACUCGAAUUCGAAAAACACUAAAACGGACUCGAAAUUUAAAAUUUUUAACUUCUAAAGAUAUUCCAUCAGUUAUCACUUAUCAGUUAAUACCAGUGUUAUCAACAAAACAAAUACGAAAUCUAUGCUCGUACAGAAAAUAG